GGCAAACCAAACCACCCUCAGCCAGGACUUACUACCCAUCCGGCCAACACCAUGACACCUGUGUUGCCUUUCCAGCUCCUGCUGGUGAUCAGCCUAGCACCACAGCCGGUGCCUGGAAGCCCCAAGCAAUACUUUCUGAAGUAUGUCCUGGAACCUCCACCCUGCAGAUCAGAGCCCGAAGCCUGCACCACAUUCUGUACACAGCAGGAGGAAUGCCCUGAGAACCUUCAAUGCUGUUCUGCUUUCUGUGGGAUAGUGUGUACCUCAAACCAAGCCCCAGUACUAGAGGUCUCCUGA